AUGCCCAAGCUGAGCCAGCGUUGUGCCCACUGGUCGUGCCUCAGAUCAGCGCUGUGUGUACUCAGUGUGGUCUUGUUGUGCCAAUGGCUGCUGGUCCAGAGAAGAGGGGGCCGGCUGACCCUCAGGCUGGUGAAACCAGGCGCCAGUCCAAUGCAGGAACACCUGCUGGUCGAGGAGAACUCCACCUGCUGGCAGAUCAUCCAGGGGGACAGGCAGGAGGUGGAAAGGGCCCUCCUCAACUCUAUUACUGUCUCCCUCAAGCACCAAGCCAUCACUGAGGGAGAUUAUCUGAACAUGACCCAAAAUUGCAGAUUGUUUGUGAGGGCCCGUAAGUAUAUCACUGUCCCCCUGAGCCCUGAGGAGGAACACUUCCCCUUGGCUUACUCCAUGGUCAUCCACCAGAGCAUUGAGAUGUUCGAGAGGCUCCUACGGAGCAUUUAUGCCCCACAGAAUGUCUACUGUAUCCACGUGGACCGCAAAUCCCCGAGUCAAUUUCAUGCGGCCGUUCGGGCCAUCGCUUCGUGUUUCCACAAUGUCUUUGUCGCAGCCAAGCUGGAGUGGGUCACCUAUGCUGGCUGGAGCAGAGUUCAGGCGGAUCUCAACUGCAUGAAGGAGCUGCUGGAGAGCCCUGUCCGGAGGUACUUCAUCAAUGUGAGUGGCCAAGACUUCCCCCUGAAGACCAACCGGGAGAUAGUCCGCAGCCUCAGAGCUCUGAACGGCUCCAACGUGAUUGAGUCGGAUCCUGCGCCAGGGUUCAAAAAGAAACGUUGGCAAUACCACCACGAUACGCUCGACCAAGUCGUCUUGACGGCGCAACUGAAAGACCAGCCGAACAUCAGCACCUCCAUCUUCGUGGGCAGUGCCUACUUCACGGCCACCAGAGAGUUUGUCAGCCAUGUGUUUGCCAGUGCUGAGAUCCAGGCCUUCCUCAAGUGGUCGGAGGACACCUACAGGCCAGACGAGCAUGUGUGGGCUACCCUGCACAGAAUGCCCAAUGUACCCGGCUCCAUCCCGUACACCCAAGGGGCCACCAGGACACUUGGCCGGGCAGUAAAGUGGUCCUUUGAGGCUGGUGACGUUGCGAGGGGUGCCCUAUACCCUCCCUGCACGGGAAGGUAUCGCCACUUGGUUUGUGUGUAUGGGGCAGGAGAUCUACAGUGGGUGGUCCGUCAGAGAUGUUACUUUGCAAAUAAGUUUGACCCCAACAUGGACAACACGGCAGUACAGUGCAUGGAGGAAUAUCUCCGAAACAGAACACUUGGUAAAACCGGGGCUGGGUAG